ACGAACUUGAAGAAGAUGGGCGCAGAAAACAUCACGCUCCACGCCGUUGAGACACGCCUCAAGCUCCUUGACCAGACUUGGGCGAAGGUCGAGGCCCAGCAUGAGGCCAUCCGAGCGCUCUACAAAGAGGGUUUCGACUCAAGUGAGUACAACCAGACUCAUUUUUUUGACACCAUCGAAGACACUUACGUGAUGGAACGAAGCGUGCUAAGCGAAUACGCGAGACGGCUCCAACCAGAGCCAAGUUCCGCUCCGCCGAAGGAGUCCGGUAACGUCUCCUCCGUGUCUGCGCUACCUCGACUCAAGGUGAAGACGUUUUCGGGUGCGUUCGAAGAGUGGCCUACCUUCCGCGACAGCUUCUUGUCGAUCGUCGGGAAACACUCGUCCAUUUCGAACAUUGAACGGUUCCAUCAUCUGAAGCUCUGUCUUGACGGAGCUGCGGAAAGAUUGAUACGCCCAUUAGCCGUGAUUGGGGACAAUUAUCCGCGCGCGUGGCAAAUGUUAAAGGAACAUUACGAGAACAAACGGGAAGUUGCGCGCUCUAAUUUCGCCGUGUUCACCAGCACUCCCAAAAUGAAAAGCGACACCGCCGAAGAACUUGAUCGGAUAUACAACGCCGUGACCAGUGUCGUGAGCGGGCAGGAGGGUAUCGGUCGACCCAUCGCUUCACACGGCUGCGAUUUGCUGAACCAUCUCGUUGCCGAGCUUUUCGACCCGAAAACUCGCCUCGAGUGGGCCUCUUACACAAGCGAAUCGGACGACGUUCCAAGUCACGAGACUCUAGUGAAGUUUAUUUUGCGACGAGCUCUCACUCUCAAAGUCGCGAAGGCGACUACCGCCAAGGUCUCUGGAGACCCGCCGCGAUCCGCGAAGUCCCAUCUCGCUAAACGGUCCAUCGCCUCAUCGCAGUGUGUCUUGUGCAAGGGCAAGCACCACGUCAUGAUGUGCGACGAAUUUAAGGCGAAAUCCGCGAUCGAACGUAAAACCGUCGCGGAAACGCACAGACUUUGCUUCAAUUGCCUCGGCUCGCACCAGUUCGCGAAGUGUCAAUCCGCGAAAACGUGCGUGUCGUGUAAGGCUCGGCAUCACUCGAUGCUCCACGAGGCUUACACCCCGCAGACGAACUCCGAAGCCAACGCUCUCUCCGCAGUGCGUCAGGACGACGAAACCAAGGCGAUUCUCCUCGCGACCGCGAGGGUGAACGUCGCCGACCGCCACGGAAUACCGCAUGCGAUCAGAGCCCUGAUCGACCAAGGAUCAGAGGUCUCUCUGAUCUCCGAAGCGCUCGUGCAGCGCCUGCGACUACCCCGAUCUCGAUCCUCCGUGUCAAUUAUCGGCAUCGGGGGUUCCCGCACCGGGUCCAGCAGAGGACGUGUCACGCUCAGUCUCUCGUCCACCGCAAACGACGCUGAGUUGACCGUCGUUGCCUUCAUCCUUCCGCGUCUCUCGCUUUACCAGGGUGCCGGCACUUACGGUGGAGCGAAGUGGCCUCACAUUAAGGGACUCCAGCUGGCUGAUCCACGUAUCAUGGCCAACGAUCCAAUCGAGUUGCUGCUUGGAGCGGAAGUAUGCUCGGUCAUCCUCGAGGAGGGUCUUCGCAAGGGAGGUCCUCAAGAGCCAAUCGCUCAACGCACGCUGCUGGGCUGGAUCCUGUCCGGCGGGUGCGGGGACGCCUCGUCACCAACGCCGCGCACAUCUCUCCAGUGCACGGCUGAGCGCGAGCUGAUCUCUCUCGUGCAACGCUUUUGGGAGCAGGAGCAAGAGGCCUCUGCUCCCGACGCUCUCACGCCGGACGAACAGCGGUGCGAGGACAUAUUCGCUCGCACACACAUUCGCACCGAAACUGGCAGGUACAUGGUGAAGUUGCCAUUCACCUCUCCUCCGCCGACGAUCGUGGAGACCCGCAAGCCUGCAGAACGACUGCUGCACGUCAUGGAGCGAAGGUGUGAGCUCAAUUCCCGGUUCGGGGAGCUUUACCGCGCCUUCCUCAAAGAGUACGAGGACGUGCGCCACAUGACGUUCGUGGACGAGCCGCCCAAGUCCCUCAACCAAGGGCAGUGCUACCUGCCUCAUCAUGGCGUGCUUCGGGAGUCAAGCUCCACCACCAAGCUGCGCGUUGUCUUUAACGGCUCUCAGCGCACUCGGUCCGGUGAGUCACUGAACUCCCACCUUCUCGUUGGCGCCAACCUGCUGCCGGCCCUCGCGGACGUGUUGAUGCGCUGGCGCUGGCACCGAUACGCGCUCGUAGCUGACAUCGAGAAAAUGUACCGCCAAAUCCUCGUUGCUCCUGAGGAUCGUGACUACCAGCGAAUUCUCUGGCGGCACUCUACAGCUGAUCCGGUCCGCGAGUUCCGUUUGAAUACCGUGACCUAUGGCCUCGCGUGCGCACCGUUCCUGGCUAUCCGCACGCUGAGGCAACUCGCUGCCGACGAGGAGUCCCGGUUUCCACGCGGUUCCACUAUCUUGCGCCGCGACUGCUACGUUGACGACAUCGUCACCGGAGCGCAUGAAAAGUCCGACGCGAUCGCAGUGCAGUCCGAGCUCCACCAGCUGUGCAUGGCGGGCGGGUUUCCGCUUCGCAAAUGGGCAGCGAACUGCCCCGAAAUUCUCGCGGGAAUUCCACUCGAGCACCGCCUAAGCAAGGAACCGCACUUGUGGGAACACGAGAUCCACUCCACACUGGGGUUGCGCUGGCAUCCGAGCGACGAUGCUUUCGCGUUCACCAUCCAACCCCGCACCGUUAGCAGCUACACCAAGAGGAGCGUCCUCGCGGAAACGGCGCGACUAUUUGAUCCGCUGGGAUGGUUGUCGCCCGUUAUCAUUCGAGCAAAAAUCCUCCUCCAGUCGACCUGGAUGCAGCGGCUUGACUGGGACGCGCCGCUCCCGUCGGUGGACAUCCUUCACUGGAGACGCCUCUUCGAGGAGCUCCCGCUUCUCGAGGGUCUUCGCGUCAACCGCUGGUUGGGCAGCGGAGCCGAGAACACUCUCAUUGAGCUCCACGGCUUUGCCGACGCGUCCGAACGCGGAUACGCCGCCGCUGUCUACCUCCGCCUUGGAGACGGCAGCAAGGUCCGCGUGCAAUUGCUCGCUGCCAAAAGCAAGGUCGCUCCUAUAAAACCAGUCUCGUUGCCAAGACUGGAACUCUGCGCCGCCGCCUUGCUCACGAAAUUGGUAGCGCACGCUCAAUCGAUCCUUAGUUUGUCCACAGCUCCGACUAUUCUCUGGUCCGACUCGACAGUUACACUCCACUGGAUACAAGGCCAUGCCUCUCGGUGGAAGACCUAUGUGGCCAACAGAGUCGCAUACGUCCAACAGCGUCUUCCCGAAGCCAAAUGGCGUCACGUUCCGGGCAUCGAGAAUCCCGCAGACUGCGCCUCCCGGGGGAUUGCGCCGAGCCAUCUCGUCCACCAUCCCCUCUGGUGGACAGGCCCUCCUUGGUUGCUCAAGGCAGUGAUGGGAGAUCGCACGGAAUUCGUGCGCACGCGCAUUGAGCAAACUUCUGCGCAGCCUCACUGACGUACAUAUAUGUGGUAGCAUAAGGUUCCCACAUGAAAAUAAAUCUGAAAGCGAAUUUAGGGAGAAAAGUUUUGAAAUAAAUAUCUUAGAUAUCUUCAGUGUUCUUCAUAAAUUUAUUUAUUGAUUCUUUUGUACGUCUGCAGCCGACUUAUAACGCGAAUACCAACAU